AUGUCAAAGUCGGUAACCCCUGCAACAACAACAUCAGCAGAUCUUCAUUCACUUCUGGAAGUCACCACAAAGCCACAUUCAUUCAAACAAAACCCCAAUAGGAAACCAGUUGGUAACAGACGCUAUAAACCAAGUCGACAAUUGAUUUCCGAUGAGAUCAAGUAUAUUCAACAAAAGGAAAAUCUACCCGUGGAUAAGCCUACAUAUUUAUCAGUCACUGCACCUCCUAGUCUAUUACCUAAGAAACAUUACUGUGACAUUACUGGGUUGGAAGGCAAGUACAAGAACCCAGCUAAUCAAUUACGAUUCCAUAACGUUGAGAUUUAUCAAGAAGUUAUCAAAAACAUACAUCCUGGUGUUGAUCAAGCGUAUUUGGAGCUAAGAGGAGCCAAUGUUGUUUUAAAAUAA